AUGUUGGAAGUUCAUGGUUUGGUGAAUGGGCGCCUAGUUCUGGAGACGAAGAUUGGGGACAUGACAGUCAGGGACUUGGUGAAGAAUGUCACGGAAAGGCUGAAUAAUGAGAAUACAGUGUGUCCGCAGCACCAGCCCGUUUCGAGAUUUCAGAUUCGUCUGCAUGACGAUGACGGCACUGAAAGCACGGUCCAGAUUCCAAGGGAUUUACAUCAAAACUGGAAAGAUGUUCUGCAGAACAUGCUGGAAGAAAGGAAUGGCAUGGCGACACUGCGCUGUCGCACGAUUCCAUAUUAUGCUUCGGAGGAUGCUUCAAAUGACGACGAAUUCAGAGACAAGUUUCGCGCUUCUUGCCGGGCGGGCCGUCUCGAGGAGGUCGAGAAACUUUUGCACGAGCCGGUGGACCCAAGUCGCGAGUUUAAGCAUGGUUUCAAUAGUCAAUUCCAUUAUGCAUGCUCCCACGAUGACCGAAAGAUGGCCAGACUGUUGUUGGAGGCACAUACGGAUGUAAACUCUGUGAUCACAGAGGAAAGUAGCUUUGAUGGUACUGCUUUGAACAAGGCAUGCAGAAGUCUCAUGCCAAAGUUGGUGCAGUUGUUGCUGGAGUUCCGAGGUGAUGUGAACCGACCAAACGGAGUGCGAAACCCUCCCUUGAAUGUGGCGCUCAGGUUGCGACUACCCUACAUAACAUAUUUAAGCCAUGAGUUACCCGUGAUGGUUGUUGACAAAGACAACUUCCGCCAGGCACGUACCAUCUGCACUCUCGUGGAGUAUGAGUAUACAGAAGAGGAUGACACGAGAGUCUUUGAGCUUGAUACGUCCGUCUUCAAUAAGUGUCAAGCUGUUGCCGUUGCCUCCAUUGAUACACGACUGGAGAUUGCAAGACUACUGCUAAGCUCCAGGGCAGACGUGGACUCUGUUGGUCAGAAUGGUGAGACUGCCUUGAUAGCGGCGAUGGAGCAUGGGCAAGAGACGCUUACCGAUUUCUUGCUGGAAAACGGUGCUGACUUGAACUUUGAGGUUAGCCCCUUUGAACAGACUCCGGGUAAGACAGCUUUACUUGCGGCGAUGGAGCACACUCAUUGGCAGAUUGUACUUCGAUUGCUGAAUGCACGUGCAGACACCGGCAAGGUGAAGAACUAUCCUACUGCUUUGAUCGCGGCGCUCAGUCAGAAAGAAGAGACAGAUAGUCGCAAGUCUCGGAGAAUGUCAUAUGACCUCGAGGUUGUGCGCUCCUUGUUGAACUCCAACAAUGACAUGAAUGCCGUGACUGCUGCGUUGGAGGCGGUGCAGGACAACAUUCGUAAGGACUUUCGUCCUUGGAAGCUCGAUGACGACGUCAUUAGGGAGCACAGGGAUCUGUUGCGCUUGUUGCUCGAGUUCCGAGCUGAUUUAAGCUCUGUUCGUGAUGUGCGCGUCCCCCUGCACGCUGCUUUGGAGCGCCCUUCAAAAAUGGCUCGUGUGGCCCAGCCAUCGACAAUAACAGCGACUUCUCUGUCUCUAUCCAUCGAAUCCGAGGAAGCCGAAAUAUGGGAAAGAGUUCUGGCAUCGCUCCCCGACGUGAGCUAA